AUGGUGCCAACUGUCGAUCAGUCUAUUUCAGAACAAAACUCUAUAGACGAAACCAAGAAAUCCAGUUUAGUCGACCUCAAAAUUCCUAAAAUACCAAAGACUUCAAUGGUGCUCAUUACCCAGGGGCAAUAUAAAUCUGAUAGCGCCAUCUGUCUGUGUUUCCAGGUGAGUGAGGCAAGACCCCGCAUCAGGCACCAGAAAAGCGGCAGCCAUUGCAGCAGAUGUGGUCCAGGCUGGGGUGUGGUGAACCGCUGCGUCCGUGGUCGUGACACAGAGUGUGGCAAAUGUGCUCCAGGCACCUACAGCCCCCAUCACAGCAUCCAGCCCUGUUGGAUCUGUUCUAGAUGUGGUCCAGGUCUCUAUGAGGCCCAUCCUUGCACUUCUAAGAUGGAUACUGUUUGUGAUUCCUGUCACAGACCUGCUCCAGAUAAUCCUGACUAUCAUAGGAAGUGUAAGGGAAGGACAAACCUGUUCCUGGCACCAGAAGAUGCAUUGGGAACUGGAGAGGAAAGUAUCUUGGUCAAUGAAGCCGAUGGACAGGAUCAAAUGGAUGAUGGCAAGGAGAUUCUGGAGAAAGAUGCUGAGGCUGCUGUUAUUAAUGAAGACUUAAACUCUUUGGAGAGGUUCUAG